UAACAUUAACGGUCUUAUUCAUAAUCAUUUUUCACAUUUUAUCAAAUGCUUAUUAGAGGUUUAUAAAACGUUUGAUAAAAAUUGUUAUUCAUAAUCGUCAUUUAGCGCUAAAAUCCUCUUAUAACUGUGUGAUAAGUUAUCGAGAGCUCGGGCCUUGUUUAAAGCUCUAAUAAACCUAUUUUAACCUAACUUUUAUAAAUGUCAUUUCAUAUGAAUGUCACUUCGUUGGUUUAUUUAUUCAAAAUAUCCUUGCUGUGAUCCUUGCUUGUGAAAAUGAAUGCUAUAAAUGCAAUUGUGCAUUUAGCCAAUAAUGCCGACCCAGCGCGACGUAGAAAGCUCUACCGCCAACGAAGCAACCCAUUCGAUUUGCGGGACCUAAAUUUUAAAAUAAAAUAUAGGUUCAAUAAGGACACAGUGCGCACCAUCAUAGAUUUGGUGGAAGAUGAUCUGGUUCAGAGCGCUAGAGGUGGUGGCACGUGUCCUGAACUGCAAGUUUUAGUGGCCAUAAGAUGUUGGGGACGUCGUGAGGUACAAGAUGAUGCUGGUGACCUCCAUGGCCUAAGUCAGCCGACAGUGAGCCGGAUAUGCGCCAGAGUCGCGCAUGCAAUCGCGAAUAAGGCAAAUUCCUUCAUCAAAAUGCCUAUCACUAUAGGAGAGCAGGAAAGAAUUAGUGCCAAAUUUAGAGCAAUUAAAAAUUUUCCUGGGGUGAUAGGAGCCAUAGAUUGCACCCACAUUAAAAUUAAAAAAACCGGAGGUGACAUGGCCCAGUACUAUAUUAAUAGAAAAGGCUAUUAUUCCCUGAAUGUUCAGGUUGUCUGUGAUGCUGACCUCAAAAUAAUGGAUAUAGUGGCUAGAUGGCGAGGCAGUACACAUGACAGUCGAAUUUUUAUGGAGAGCAAUAUAAAACAACGAUUUGAGGAUAGGCAGUUUAGAGGACGCCUUAUUGGCGAUUCGGGCUACCCUCUUCUGCCAUAUCUAUUUACACCUAUUUUAAGGCCUAGUCGUCCAGAAGAAGAAGCAUACAAUAAUGCUCACAUCUCAACUAGGAACACUGUUGAAAGGUGUUUUGGGGUGUGGAAGCAGCGGUUCCAAUGCCUACUCCAUGGCUUACCAGUAAGCCUCCAAAAUGGAAAAGCUGUGAUCAUAGCAUUGGCUGUAUUACAUAAUAUAGCCAUUGAUAUGAAUGACACAUUGUUAGAACAACAUAUGGAGCAGGUCCCUGUAACUCCGCAACUUUCGACGGAGAACAGUGUUCACGACAACCGACCUUCAUUGUUGAGGCGUAGGUCGCAGUUGAUACUACAAAAUUUUAUAAAUCAACAUUUUUGAAUGAUACUGUUCCUGGCAUCUUAAUGAAAAUAAAAAGAAUAUUUGAUUGAAAAA